ACCUGGCCAAGCGUCAGUGAGCAGGAAACAUGUCCUCUCGCUACCACCAAGCUGCCAGUGACAGCUACCUGGAACUUCUGAAAGAGGCGACCAGGAGGGAUCUGAACCUCUCUGAUGAGGAUGGCAUGACGCCCACACUCCUGGCCGCCUACCACGGGAACCUGGAAGCCCUGGAGAUCAUCUGCAGCAGAGGAGGGGACCCUGAUAGAUGCGACAUCUGGGGAAACACUCCUCUACAUUACGCAGCCUCCAAUGGUCAUGCCCACUGCGUCUCAUUCCUGAUCAACUUUGGUGCCAACAUCUUUGCCUUGGACAAUGAUUUACAGUCUCCACUGGAUGCUGCUGCCAGCAGAGAGCAGAAUGAAUGUGUUGCUCUCCUGGAUAAAGCAGCCACUGCCCAGAACAUCAUGAACCCCAAGAAGGUCACCAGGCUGAAGGAGCAGGCUCAGAAGAAUGCCAGGAGGCAGAUCAAAGAGUGUGAGAGGCUCCAGGAGAAGCACCAGAACAAGAUGGCCCGCACCUACAGAAAGGAGGAAGCCGGGACACUCUCUUCUUCCAAGAGCACUCUUUCUAGGUCAUCCCUUUCAAAUGCAUCUGCUUCCAGCACAUUUGGGUCACUGUCUAAGGGCAUUAAAGGCACCUUCAAGAUACAGUUCAAGAAGAAUAAAGAUACAGCAGAGCAGGGAGGGAAGGGGUGCCGAAACGGGCAGAGGAAUGUGAUGGAAGUGUUCAGCGAGGAGGAAGAAGACACAUUCUCAGGGGAGUCCAGAGAGAAGCUCUCAGCAGAGGACAGUUGUGCGCAACACGAAUCCAUUCUCAGUCGUCCAGGUCUAGGGAAUAUUGUUUUUAAAAGGAACAGAAUAUUGAGUCCUGAAGACAUGUCAGAUGACAAGAGAGGGUUGGAGUUUAAAGUGUCCAGUGAAUUGUUUCAGCGACAAGGAGCAGCACAGCCUGAGGAAGCAGAGGCUGAUGAAGAGGGAGAUGGAAACAGCUUGGAAGAGGCCUUGCCUUGGGAUGAGGAUGUGGUGGAGUGGGAGGAAGACGAGGGGGACGCUACGCCCCUGGAAGUGUUCCUGCAGUCCCACCACCUGGAACAAUUCCUUCCGUUUUUCAUGAGAGAGCAGAUUGAUCUAGAAGCUCUGUUGCUUUGCUCUGAUGAGGACCUUCAGAGCAUACAAAUGCAGCUGGGUCCCAGGAAGAAAGUUCUCAAUGCUAUAAACAGAAGGAAGCACGUGCUACAGCAGCCUGGCCAACUGGUCGACACCAGCCUGUGAUGGCGUGCUUGACCAGCAGGGGGAGUCCGCAGUGUGGGCAAGGCAGUGCCCACUGGAUGCACUCCAGGCAGUACCUGCUCUCUACUGAAUGCCACAGCUGGGGAUGGUGUCUAGGGUUUUGGAAAUGCCCACCUAAAAGUUUGAGGCCCAAACUACUCUGAGAAAGUCUUCUAUACCUAUACAAAUAAACCACCAGUGAGAAACUCAAGGAGACCUGGGAAUAAAAAAUUGCAUUUCUCUUCAGUUUUAUUUUUAAUAUUUAUGAAUAUGGAAAGGGUUAAAUGGAUGGCAGAGAAAAAGACUUUACUUUUCGAACUCUAGAUUUAAGAUUAUAACUCUCAUCACACUGCUUUUUACUUUCUGAUUCUCAUGUCCUGCGGAUUCUAACUCCAGUUCUGUCCUUAGCUCUAGAUUUUGUUUAUUGGUGGAGAUCAAAGUUCCUUCAUUGGUGUAAGAUUUGAAACCCAACUGAAAUGUAUCUAAGCCUUUAACACAGUGGUUCCCAACAUGGGGCACAUGCCCCACAGUAGGGGGCAGGCAAUUUGAUUUUUAAGGGGGGCAAUUAGAAAAUCAGUUAUUAACCAUGAAUUUUUUGCAGUUAUUAUGGUUCUAGGGGCCUCCUAUACAGUAUAUAAAUAUAUAUUGUGACAUAUUUUGCAUUUCAGUCCUCUAUUGUUUUGAAACUGUAUUUGUUAUUUUUUCAUAUCACUUCAUAUUAUUUUUUAACCAUUUCUUAGUGAUUUCUUUCUAAGUACUUCAACUGUCCUUUUGAUCUUUUAUUUUUCUCUUUCAUGGGUGCCAUGUUCUUUGGAAGCUUGUUUAGACCAAGUUAAUAGCCUUUUAGGCUUCCUCUACGUGAAUAAGAGUUCACUUUUUGAGUAAUAGGAAUUCUAUGUCACGGGGGAGGGUGGGGGCAUCAGGGUUUUAGAGAUGCUUAGGUGGGAUGUGGCCAAAAGAAGGUUGGGAACCACUGUUCUAACAGAUGUCUACACGUUUGCAAGUAAAGAAAGUGGAUCUACAAUACUUCUGCCUGAGUACCCAGACAGGGUGUCAGGUAGGGAGAGUGAAGAGAGAACUAGAAUAUAGGGUACCUGCUAUGGACAAACUGUGUUUCCCCCAAAUUCAUAUACUGAUGCCCUACCCGCCAAUGUGACUGGCUUUGAAGAUAGGACCUUUAUCAAAGAGGUGAUUAAAGUUAAAUGGGGUCAUAGAUGGGGCCCUAGUCCCAUAUGACUGGUGCCCUUAUAAGGAGAAGAGAGAGAGACACCAGAGAUGCACACGCACAGGGAAGAGGCCCUGUGAGGGCCCAGCAAGAGGACGGCCAUCUGCGACUCAGAGCGAGAGGCCUCAGGAGGAACCAGGCCUGCAGACACCUUGGUCUUGGACUCCCAGCCUUCAGAGCUGUAGGAAAAUAAAGUUCUGUGUCUAAGCCUGUGGUAUUUUGUUAUGAAGCUUGAGCAAGAGGGUGGGAGGAAGGGAAAGAAACAUACAGGAGACAAAGUCUGGCUUAUUUGGUGAUUUUCUAAGGGUGCUUACCCUCUGAAACUUAAAGGGGAAAAUACCUAGGUUCUUUGUAAGGAAAAUUUGAUUAUAAAAGUAACCUUUACAUUGUCUUGCUCACUACGUGCCUCUUUCAUUUCCUGUUGCCCAUCCCCGUUGGUGCAUGUCUAAGUCCAUGCUGCUUCUGUAAUGUAAGUGGGCAACAUUGCUCUGACACUUUUUGAGUGGCAGCUCAAAUUCAAACCGAAACCUUACUGAAUAGUUAAGCUUCACUGCAUUUUUAUUGCCAGGCUUACAUCAGAUGACAUUUACCAUCAAUUACGUGUAUAAAGUAGAAACAGCGA